UUGAGGAACUCUGUUCGUAAUUUUUUGAAAGUCCCUUUGUAUGUUAAGUUAACCGGUUUGGAUAUUGAAGUCUAGUGAGAAAAUUGAGCCCACAUUUUUACUUUCCAUCAACUAAUCAUCUAUUUAUUUAUCAUGGCACCGGCUCGAUCUCGAAGUCGAACAAGGGAAGAUCGAAAACGUAAAAAGAGUGAAUCCAGUGAUUCUGAGUCCAGUGGAAGUGGAAGUUCCCGAUCUUCAAGUCAAAGUUCAUCUUCAAGUGGAUCAAGUGGAUCAAGCUCAUCAUCAGACUCUCGCAGCCGAUCAGCUUCUCGUUCUCGAUCUCGAUCACGGUCUCGAUCACGAUCACGAUCUCGGUCACGGUCACGAUCUGCUUCAUCGUCUAGUUCAUCAUCGCGAUCAGCAGCUUCUGGAGGUGACAAACGUAAAUCACCUGCUCGCCAUCGUAAAAGCCCGCCCUCACCACCUAAGGGAUCCAAAAUUCAUGUUGGACGGUUAACAAAAAAUGUAACCAAAGACCAUAUCUUAGAAAUUUUCAGUAUGUAUGGACCAAUAAGAAGUGCUGAUUUACCUCCAGAUCGGAUUCAUCCCCACCUCUCUAGAGGAUUUGCUUAUGUUGAUUUUGAAAAAGCUGAAGACGCUGAAAAAUCAAUCAAAUACAUGGAUGGCGGACAAAUCGAUGGCCAAGAAAUAACUGUCAGUCUUGUUUACGCUCAAAAACCGCGCAAUUAUGGUGGACCCAUGAUAAGGAGAGGUGGAGGUGGUGGAGGCGGCCCUAACUGGGGUCGUCGAUCAAUGCCCCGACGGAAUAGAAGAUAUUCCAGAUCUCCUCCUAGAUAUCGUCGUAGUCGCACAAGAUCAAGGACACCACCUCGUAAACGCCGUGGAUCUUCAUCUCGCUCAUCUUCUCGAUAACAUCGUCUCACAUGAAACAAACUAUGCCAUGGAUUGUAGUAAAAUUAAACGAGCAUAACUUUAAUUUUCCCUCAUUCAACUCUUUUUUGCUUGUAUUAAUUUCAGUUCCGUACAAAUUAAUUAUUCCUUAAUUGCGUUCACAUCAUGUUUGUAUCGACACAUCUUCAAUUUAUUCAUAAUAAAUCGAUUAAAAUAAUACUUA